AUGGGAUUCGAAGUUCUCUCCUACGUAUCGAAGAUAAGAGACGCCGCCGCGUUUGCCAAGGAAUGUAAAAUAAGGUGGGCCGGACACGUGAUGCACUUUAACGACAACCGUUGGACCAGAACUGUGAGCGACUGGGUUCCCCCCGAUGUUAAACACACUACAGGAAAACCGCCGACCCGAUGGUCACAUUUCUUCAAGAAGUCCUUCAAAGAAAAUUUUGAUGCUCUUCGUGUCCCACGCGAAAGGAGGAACCACUGGGCUACUCUGGCACGCUACUCUGGCACGCGAUCAGGACAAAUAGAAGAAUAA